UCAAGCAGUUCUAGAGCCUCUGCCAUAACUUCGUCUUCCAGAUAGACUGAAAUUUUGCAUAAAACAGGCUGUGGAAGAAGGGAAGAACUGACAGACAAGAGACAAGAGAGCAAUUAGACACAACUGACUGUCACUUCUAUGCAUUUUUGGCAGCAUUUCAAUAAUCUAACAAAGCCAGUACAUAAAAUAGCUGGGUUCUCAAUUGCUAUGGGCUUUCUGAAGCAUUUUAUACUCAUUUUUCUGGGAAAGAAUCAGAUACACAAUCUAAAAGACAUUUGAAGGACAGGUCCACACUUUGAAGGGGAGAUUUUGGUCUACAGGCAUAUUUUAUGUUCAAAUUGUGUGAGUUUAAUAUUGCUCAAGAUGAACUUUGAAAAACUUUUUUUCCCUUUUAGAAAGAAGUGGAGUCUUUUUUUGGUAUUCAGAGGAUUCCCUUCCCCUUCUCCCUUUUUAAUAAGUCAGUCCUUUGUACCCUAAGAAUCUUCAAGAUUUAACUGUUCCCCAUUUUGCCCAGGGAGUUAGGAUGACAAGGAAACAUAACAAAAUGCAUACUCCCGAACAGUUCUGAUGGAACACACACACAUGCUUAUAUGUGUAUUUAUAUAUAUAUAUGCAUUCACACACAUAUUUGUACAGAGAGGGAGAGGGUGUGUAUGUAUACACUACUGCCAAUUAAUGAGCUAGGGACUGAAAGUCACAUCCUGGUAUAAUUAUUAGAUACUUAUCCCAGUUUUAAGCAUUUUAAAGGUUUUUGCCCUAUCACAGGUGUUUUUGGAAUGAUCAUUUUAGAGAUCCUAUAAUUUUCACUCUAAUUACUAUUCAUUCUUUGUGCAUGGAUUGAUCCCUUUAUCUGAAGUAUCCAUCUUAAAGUUUUUUCAUUGAGCCUUUGGCUUCACACAGUAUCUCAACGAUAAUUCAACAAUCUACUCUAUUAGAAGGAAGUAAUCUGUUUGCAAGCAGGUUUUUAAGAUGCCUUCCCUUGUCCACAGCCUAACUAGGUCAGAGAGAUGUGCUUUUAUCUAUCUUCAGAAGUGGAUUUGCCCAGCACAGAGCUUCCUGAAAUGAAACAGGAGCAUCUUUAGUACUCUAACCAUCUUCGUGCUCUCCACCCAAUAUUUCCAAGAAUGGUUUUAUAAACAGUAUCAACAUGUUAUGGGUAACAAUGGGAAAAUAUGUCUAGUUUUCCAACCUAACCUCCGCCUGGUUGGACAGUCACAUGUAUGCAGACAUACACAUACACACUUUCAGGUAAGUGCAUGCAAUAGGUAGAAGCCUUAUUUAAGAUGAAUCAAAAUUCAUAAUCAAUGUUUUGGAUGAACUUCAUAUUCAGGAGAAGAUCCCUGAAAUUUUGCCAGAAGACAAUUAUUAACCUGUUUUGUCACACUGUACCAUAGAAAGGAUCAGAGCAUUUUUAUGUGCCAAUUACUCUGGAUUGUUGGCAUUAAUUCUGUAUUUAAUUUUAGAGUGGGGGCUUUGCUCACCUGUUUAGAAACAAACAAAAAACCCCUAGACUAUGUUUAUAAAACUGAAAGUAAUUCAGAGAGUAGUCAAAGGACUUUCCUCCCCCAAAUCUGCUGGGUAAAUAUCUCUGGGAUUAAAACAACAACAACAACAAAAAAAUUAAUCUCUGCCUUCUUAUUACAAUACAAAAUGAGAGAAGCCAGGAAACAUGGCACAAACCCUGAUGGUACACAGUGUCCUUAGAUCACUUGGCCAUUGUUUUCUCUCACAGCAUCACAUGCUAAUGAUACAAACAAGUUUAAUUUUUUUUUUCAUGUCACAGCCAUAAUAAAUGUGCACAUUAUUGUUUGCAUUGCCAUAUCCUUUAGAUGCACCACCAAUUUCUAGAGCCUGUGCAUGCACAUCCAAGGACAGGAUUUUGCCCACAAAUAGCCUGACUAAAUUAAAUUAAGCAGAAACAUUGCCAUACAGAUUCAUCUGCUAAGUAGUGUGUCACAGUAUAGCAUGUUUAUGUAUGUUCACCACCAAUUCUAUCACCAAAGACAAAAGCUGCUUUGUUCUCCACUAGUCAAUUUAAUUCUGCUUUAAAAGGCAUUUGUCUUAUAUGGGCCUCAGACAUCCUUAGUUGCAUUUAAUUAAAAAACCAACAACCUCCAAACCAUUAAACUAGACAAUAAAAUGAACAGGAAGAAAAAAAGAGAUUUGGGGUUUUUGUUUGUUUUAAGGAAUAUGGGGAACACAGAAAAAGUUAAAUAUGAUGAAGAAUGAAGAAAUGAGUUUUAAUGCAGACAGUACACGAGCCUUUCCCUUUUCCUGCUGCCUGCAGCCUCGGAACCCUGUUACAAAACUACACAGAAUUACUUUAUUUGGUGAAGAAUUCAGACCACACCCCUCACAUGGGUCUCCUCCUCUUGGAGACACAGAAAUUUUCCAGGGGUCCUUGGAAGGAACUUGGAAAUGCAAGAGCAUGCCAACAAAAAUGCCUCCUUCUGUUGCUCUUGAGGGUUCCUCAUCACUACCAGACAGACCUAAAGAUCACAAUGAUAGAGGCUCUUCCAGUCUCCCCUUGAUGUGUCAACAGCCAGCACAACCCAAAUACAGUUCCCAGAUGAUCGACCUCUGCAACUUUGGUUUUCAGUUCUACCGAACUCUGGAGCACUUUGAAGCCAAGCCCAUUAAGCAAGAACCAGUGAAGCCUAAGAUGGCAUGGCCCAGUAGCCCAGCAUUUAUGCAGGUUCCUUACUCUUAUUAUCCCAAAGUCUGUCCUGGCUUAAUGUUUCCUUUUGUUGUGCCCCCAGACUUUCAUUUCAGGAACCCCUUUCAAAUGAAAAGGUCUCCAGAGCCACCCUUCAGGAGGGCUGAAGUAAGAGGAAGUGGUGAAAAUAAACAGAAAGUGGAAAGAGUAGAUGUCAACCUUCAGAUAGACUAUGUUGAUGUGGGGGGUGAACAGAAAUGCUGGCAAUAUCUCAUGUGUGAGAAGUCCUAUACAUCCAAGUACAAUUUAGUCACCCAUAUUUUGGGGCACAGUGGCAUUAAACCACAUGCUUGCACCCUAUGUGGCAAACUUUUCAAGCAGCUGAGCCACUUGCACACGCAUAUGUUGACACACCAGGGCACCAGGCCACAUAAGUGCCAGGUGUGCCACAAGGCUUUCACUCAAACCAGUCACCUUAAGAGACACAUGAUGCAACACAGUGACAUCAAGCCUUACAGCUGCAGGAUCUGUGGCAGAGGUUUUGCUUAUCCCAGUGUGCUGAAAGCACACAAGUCUAAGCAUGAGAGUGGCUGAGAGAACAUUUGUGUGGAGUGUGGUCUAGACCUCCCAACCUUGGCCCAGAUGAAAAGACAUUUAACAACCCACUGUGGCCUUAUACAGUACAAUUGCAAUGAAUGUGAUAAGACCUUCCAGUAUCUGAGUCAGCUGCAAAACCACAUGAUGAAGCACAGAGACAUCUGUCCGUAUAUCUGCACUGAAUAUGGCAUGGAGUUUGUGCAGCCUCACCAUCUCAAACAACACUCCCUAACUCUCAAGGGUGUGAAAGAGCACAAAUGUAGAAUUUGUGGCUGGGAAUUUACUCUGCUGGCCAAUAUGAAGCGACAUGUUCUGAUCCACACCAAUAUCAGAGCCUAUCAAUGCCAUUUAUGCUUCAAGAGCUUUGUACAAAAGCAGACUCUCAAGGCCCACAUUAAUGUUCACUCUAUUGUUAAACCCUUUAAAUGCAAGGUAACUGUAUCUUGUUUGGUGGCAGAAGCAUAAAUCCACUGGAUAUUUCUGUGAUGUUAUCACCUGGGUGAUAUGGUGGAAUUAGAAAACCAAGACUUGCUAACACAUUCUGUAGCUGCAUUUAAAUUAGCAUAAAACAAUCUAGUUUCCUUUAUUGAUCCAUGUUCUGCUUAGGUAGCACAAAAUAAUGGAGGUAAAUAUCCGUGAUUUAUUCCCUUCCCCUUCAAUAUCAGUAACUUCCAUCCUCAGAUAUUUUUCCACUUAAUGAGCAUUUAAAUGCCACUGCAGUUUGAGGAGAAUAUACAUACCUGAAAUUUGCUUCGUACAGCCACCCAAACAGAAGUCUAAGUGUUUAAUAGCUUGAAACACUGACUAAACACAUAGAUCAACUAUGCACCCUGCAGAGGACCAUGGAAAAGUAGCAGCCACAACUUCAUACAGUGAUGCUAUGAAACAGAUCAGGGAAGUCCUGGACUGGACUCUGCAGCCAACCAGAACUGGAUUCAGUCUGUCACUAGGCCUCAGUUCACAGGGAUGACUAGCAAGGUCCUCUCCUAAUGUUGUCCAUAAGGAAAAGGGACAAGAUCCUCAUGAUCUCCCACUUUUAUAUGAAGUAUUCACGUGGAUGGGAUGUUAUACUCCGUUGGUCAUUUUCUUGGUCACCUGUUUUUUCGUUGCCCCCUCUCGCGAGAUGUGCAUCCAUUCUCAUCCAUUCUUAUUAGUGACCUCGCAUUCCAUUGCUAUGUCUACCAAAACAUUUAUCUGGUUCUUCAGGAAAAUGCAGCUAAUAUGAAGGCUUUAGCUGACAGGCAAAUUCACUAAAAGAGAAACUUGUUUUUAACAAAACCAGGACAAGUACCAAGCCGUACUACUGGAACAAGAUAAUGUAGCUUUUAAAACAACCAACCUGGCAAAUCCAGCCGUGUUCCUGUCUGCCAAAGUGGAAGAAGGAAAUUUGACUCACGAUUGCCUGCAAUCUCGGAAGUAGGCUCCUCCAAAUUACUUAGCAGCUGCAUACUCCUUACAGACCACAGUCAAGUGGAAAGGUAGAAAGAAUGCAUUUGUUUUGACUAUUUAUAAUGCUUCUGUGUAUACCAUAUACCAAAUUAUAGCAUUGGGAUUAAAUAAUGAGGGAACUGUACUUAAUCCAAUGGAGCAUAGAAUAUAUGGGCACAACAAAAAGAGAAAAGGUGGCAUACUAUUGACAUUGAUGCAUGUAUUGUGCGAGAACAAAAAGGAUUUAUAUGUGAAAGUAAUACUGUUAAGUCCCAAGAUAUUUGUUUGGAUACAGAACAAAUUUGAAGUGCAGCUUCAGGAGAACCCUGAAACUGUGCUCAUGUAUAUAGGAAAAGGGUGUGCAUGUAUGUGAACUAUAUGUCAUUCAAUGCUUGUAGAUGAUCAGAUGAUAAUUACUAAUAAUCAUUCUAACAUCUGUGUUUGUAAUUUUACCGGAAUAGUAGCAUGUGAUUUUAAUUAUUCAGCUCCUGUUAUGACUCUACAGCUCUUACAAUCAAAUUAUACAGUAUUCAACGAUAUCUUACCUAUUCCUAUUGGAAUGAACCUUACCUGGUGAAGAAGCUUUUGCAGCAUAAUGAUCAACAUCAGCUAUUAAAAGUUAGAGAAAGCGGACAAAACUCUUUGGUUACUGUACAUCAUGACAAAGAAGAAAUACACAGCGUAUUGAAACAGGUAAAGAAAGAUGGUGAACAUAGGUGGUGGGAUAGCCUUUUUGGAUGGUCACUGACAGCCACUGGACUCUUUAACAAAAUGCAGCAUCCUGUUUUUGUUUUACUAGUAUUGACUUUAUCAUGCCUAAUUUUAAUAAUAAUAUUAUAUAUUAGAAUUUGGAAUAUGUUUAAACGAAUAGACCACGUAACAUAUAUGACAAAAGUUUUAAUGAAGCUUUAAGCUCAAUAGCUACAAACCUUCAAAAGAAAAGGAGAGGUUGAUACCUGUAUGUGGAGGGGUUUUGAUAGAUAAAGAUUUGUUGCUGAAUUAGUCGGGCUCAAAGGAAUCUCAAGGCCUCUUAGAGAAGCUGAGAACAGAAUCUGCUGUGAGAGAGAGGGGCGUUCCUCAAUCACCGAGGUCCUGGAAUGGUGUGAAUCAUUGGACGUAUCAUCAGUGAGACUCCAGCGCAUGGACAGCCCACGAUACUCAUUUAGCGAAUCCAUGCUUGGAGCGUGGACGCGUGAUUAGAAUAUAGUUACGUAUAUAAGGAGACUUGUUUCUGUAAUAAAUGGCUUUAGCGUGAUUCACAUUGAAUCGACUUGUUUUGCUGAGUCCUUAUCUCGUUCCUACAAAUGGUGACCCCGACGUGAUACUCUGAACGGCGUACCACCGAGGUCGGGGAAAAGCCUGUAGCGGCCCAGCCGGAGGCGGAUCAGCUGGACUGAAGACCGGGCGGAGGCGUACGGACAUUCCGCAUUUUUUUUGAAGAAGUCACCGUAAAGGGUGAGCGGCUGGGAGCGGGAGGAGGGAAGAGUGAAGUUAUGGGGCAAAAUAUAUCCUCGAGGAAGAAGCUAUAGUUAAACUCCUCCUGCCUAUUCUCUCUAUGAGAGGACUUAAAUAGGAAGAAAGUAACAUAUGUAGACUAUUAAUUCGGUAUAGAAUUAAUGGCUACCCGAGAGAAAACGAGAAGGCUUUUAAACGUUAACUUUGGGACGAUAAAGGGCAGAAAUUAUGGAAUAAGGUCAGCAAUGGAGAUGAUAAAGAAACUAAAUCACUAGCGACUACUUGGAAGCUUAUAUUGUCCACUUUAAAAGAACUUAAGGCGGAACGGGCUGCGGUUACUGGAAUUUUUACAGCGUUACAGCCUGAUAAGAACUCUAAAAAUAACUGUGAAGCUUACCCAGUUCGUGUCUUUGAUCCCCUUGCUGCCCCAACCCCUGUUGUGCCGUCGGCACCCCCGAUGAUACGGCAGUCUGGGGCGGGGGGAGGAAAAUCACUCGGCAGAUGGGCCCCCAUACCAUCACACGACCCUGAAGAGACUAAGCAGUUCAAGGAACUGGAGUCAGAUAAUUUGUCAAAAGAACUGGUGAAAGCUGAGAAUGCUAAAGUUGUAAAUAAGUCUAAUAUCAGUCCUUUUACUGAUUCCUGUCCGCCUUUACCGCCUUCUACCCCUCUAAACUCCUACGCCGGAGGAGAAGCAGUCGCCGGAUAAGAACUGGGCAAAAGAACUGUGUGAAAAAUCAGAUCACCUACUAGCGAGUGAAUCCAACAGUCAGCAACGCGGUCAUGCUGAUCGUGACGGGAAAGGGGAUUCAUUGAAAGGGGCAGGUAUCCCACAACUCCUGGAAGAGACACUAAUUGACACACCACAGCUACAGACGCGACAAGUUUCUGAAAUCCUGAGGCAGUCAACAGAUCUUGCAUAUCAAGCUAUGAGAAAGGUGUCUGAAACCAACAAAGCAGCCAAAUCAUUUGCAACUAUUAAUCAGGGUCCCAAUGAGAAUUACAUGCAAUUUAUUGACCACCUUCAAGAGGCCAUCAGUAAGCAGGUCGACAACUUAGAAGCUAAGGAAGCACUAGUGUUGAGAUUAGCAGUAGAGAAUGCUAAUGUUUGCUAUCAACAUGUUAUUUGCAAGUUUUACAGUACAUAUUAUGUGCUCCUGUGUAUUGCCUCUCUGAAAAUCAAGCAGCUUGUCCGGAAUGUGACUUAAUUGUUUUACUAGUUGUUUUUAAGUGCGCCGUAAAACCUUCUCCCCGCUUUUCCCAUUCAGGCUGUUCCCUGUGCAUCCCCCCCCCCCCCCCCUCCCCCUCCCUCCCUCCCUCUUCUCAAGGUUUUUACUUGCAAGAUGGGGUCAGGAAUAAUUGUUUUCAGUUGUGUUCCUAAAAAAUCAGUAUUGGGAGGUGUUUUAAAACUUAGGAAAGCACUCGGAAUUAUAAGGAAGGAAUAUCUUGUUAAAUAUUGAAAUCAGUGUUAGCUGCUGUAUAAGUUAAAUGAUUGGGAAAAGUGUCCGGAGAAUAGAAUCUUGUUGCGAUUAAUGUUGUUUUUGACGCCAGAAGAGCAGGACAAAACAAAUCUCUACAAGAAAUCAUUAAAUCAUUUCAGACAGUUUUACAGGCAGGGCGAUUUGAACUUCAACAAGCUGAGAGAGUUAACUGAUAACACGCAGGUCACAGUAAACUUGUUAAAGUCUGCAGGAUGCUUUCCUUAUUAACCUGUUUUCUUUGUGGGUAUCUGUUUAAGCAUGUUGCAAUUUUGGUAGGUCUGUGCUAUGUGGUACGAUAAGUUCCCAGUCUGUUAAAUCAUGAGAAUCCGUUGACUCAAAAUGUGCAUUUUGUGAUAAUACAGAAGAUCAUGAGUAAUUUAGUUCUUUACUGUGUGAAUGUGAUGGUAAAAUUUUGCGUGUAGUAGCCGUUAUUUUUCUCUCCAGCAUGCUACCUUUGUUCCAGCAUUCAGACUUGCACAACUCUGUGACAGGCUGUGUCUCAUCUCGGUGUGGUGGAUUUGGCUUUUCCAUAUGCACACCCUGUAAAGAAUCCUGGUUUUGGUAUAACAGCUGUAGUGCACCAGGUGAGACACUAAAAAAAAAAAAAUAAAACAAAACAGAAAAAAAAAAAAGGCCUUGCCCAGUCCAGCUCGCUGCGGCGGCAGGGGGGCGGGUGCCGAUGGGGCUCCAGCAUGCACUGACCUAUUUUGUCAGGGAGACCCAGAGGUACCUCCACCUGGCUGAGCAGUAAGCCGCCCAGAGGUGCAAUGCAAAUAUUGAGAUAUUGUCUUAAAUUAGUGUGACUGUGAUCCAUCUGCAUAUUUGAACUGGGUGUUUGGUUUUCACAUCUGAGCUCAGUAUUUUUGUUUGCAUAUUCAUAUUUGGUACCAAAAGAAUCUUGUUUGGGGAGAUAACUACAAAAUGGGAACCGGUUCCACUGCUAAAAUUCCACCUUCCUCCCCCUUAGGAUGCAUCCUUAUACAUUAGAGUAAUUGCUUAUAUUGUUAGAAAAGCAUUUAAAUUGUUAAAAUGCUAUGAUAGAUGUGAAUUUGGAAGAGGUUGUAUUUAAAAGUUGCUAGAAUAUUAACUGAUUUAGAUUUAGGGAAAUAGAAUAAUGGAUUGAUGUUUAUUAUACUGGUUUAUACUGGUUUUUUUUUUUGACAUCUCUAAAUUGUCAAAGGUAAAUGGAGCUAAGGAAUGUAACUAUUGCUGAACUACUUGAAAUUGUAUAUGAAGUGUAUUAUGGUUGGAGUGAAAUGGGAAAACAAAAGAAACAAAAGAGCAAAAUAUCCCAGGCCUGUGUGCAGCUCAUUGUAACUGAGAAGUUUCCCAGAGCCUCCUACUUCGUACCAGCCAUUAUGCCAGCUGCGUGACCUUGGUUAUAUCUAAAACUGCAGCAGGAAGAGAAAGAAAAAAAACAUCUGGAAAAACCUGGCUGCCUGCUUUACAUCCCCCCCACUGCAGCGAUGUAAUACUGAAUGGAGCAGUCCGAGGGUGAAGUUUAAAGGCAUCCUUAGCAGACCCAUAGUUCUAAUGAAACUGGAAAAUCAAACCAGAAAUUUGUUAAUAGACUUAUUCUGUGGUAAUUAGUUGUAAGAGACUUCUUAGUAAAUUCACCAUGCUAGUUUUUGAGGUCAUGGGAGAGAAUGAAAGAAAGGCCGUUUUUUUUGAGACCAAUAGAAUGCCAAAUUUGGAACAAAGUUUUAAUACAUGAAUUCUUAUAGUUGCCAGAAAGACCUAUACCUCUCUUACGUUAAGAUUUGUUAAGCAAAUUGUAAGCUCAAAUAGCGUUUUCUGAGAAUUCUGUUUAGUUGCAUGGCCAACAAGAAGCUGCUGGGAUGGUGCAGAUCUGCUUGCUGCAAGUGAGAAAUCUCCAAGGAAAUUUCAAAUGCUGUAUUUCCACUAGUACCAACAGCCAAUGUUUUGAUAAAGCAAAUACUACACUGAGAAAUCUGAAACAGGACUUCGAUCCGGUAAGGGAAAACAAUAUCCAGUAAAUAUGACAGCCAAAUUGGAGUUAGAAACUUUGAGGAAUGAAUUUAUGACAACUUUACAGGCUGACUGCAUUUGAUUGGACUUUCAGAUUUGUCUAUGAAACAACCUGUGGCUAUUGUGGGACAGUAUGAUGAGAAUGCUAACAGACUGAUAUACCAGUUGUCACUCUAAUCAAGAAAAUGCAGGGAAUUAAUUUAAGUGUUAAUAGGCCAUGAUUCUUUUGUCAUGUAUGUACCAUUUGUGAAAUUGAAUUCUGAUUUUUUUUAUUUGUGAUCUAUGUCUUUGUAAAUUGCACUAGCUGGUUUUCUUAACAGCACAGCUUUUGGCAUGCCUAAAUGUAAAUUGCUGCAGAACCUGCAAGUCUUUAACAUCAGGUCAUAGGCCAUACUUGUAUUUGGUCCGAUCCUACAUACUUGCACAGUUUUUGUCGAUGGUUCUGGGAAGUCUCAUAAAGCUGUAGUGGUUUGGUGUGAAGAUAACAAUUGGCAUCAUUCUGUAAAAAUUAUUGAAGGUUCAACCCAAUUAGCAGAACUUGGCACAGCUUUACAUUACUUAGAGCUUUUUAAGGAGGAACCUCUACAUUUGAUUUGUGGUUUUGAGUACAUAGUCAAGAUCCAACGUAUGUAUCUGGUUCUGAAUUUUUUUGUUUUUUUGUUUGUUUGUUUUUAUAAAAAAAAAGGGGGAAGUAGGGGAAACACCACAAAACCAAUUAUCAAAAGCAUUGUAUGUAAUGAAAUACUUUGCAAGUAUGACCCAAAACCAUGCUAAAUCAGAAAGAACCUACAUUAGUUAUGGUCAAAUUACUAGUCAAUGAAAAAGGCCUCAUCAAUUGAUAACCUGGGGAAAAGGUUAUGUUUGUGUCAUUACAGGCUGAGGAUUGAAGUGGAUUCAACAAAGAUUCAACGGAUGCAGAUGGACAGGAGGGAGAUAAGUUGUGAGGGCUGUUUCAGAUGUAAACUAUGGAUCCUUAUUCCGUGUUCUAUAUGCUCACAGACCUGGUGGUGUAGAAGCUUAUUAGCAAGCAGGUGGUGUACCUUCUGUGGAGAAUGGCAAUUUGAACAAUCAGCAGGGGAUCCAAAAGGGUGAUAUUAUGAUCAGAUAGUCAAUGCAUAGAUAAGGUAAAACUAUGAGAUAUCUCUUCCAUAGUAAUCUAAGUUUAGCAACAGAUAAAGUUUUAGAAGGGAUAUUAAGGUUAAGCUAUUGAUCUUUUAAAUAGGUUAAGAUAACUUUUAAGAUAUUCAUUCAAUUAUUAGUAUAUGCUGAUGGUAUUAAGUAUAUUACUCUAUAAACUGCGCAGUUAUAGAUAUUUAGGAGGUUAAGAGAAAAUAUCAUAUUAACUUGUCUGGUUAUUUUGAAUCUAUUAAAAUAGUGUGUUGAUAAGGUUGUUAUAACGGAAUUAAGGUUUUAAGAAUAGGCAGGUAGUUGUUUGAUCUUAGUAAGUAAGGUUUAACUGCAUUAUAUGUAAUUGUAAUUAUGUUGUUAAUCACGUGUUCUGUGUUGCAGUAUAUUUCAAAAAUGAUUCGCCGUGCGGUUGAUGGGGCCUGACUAAUUCAGGAAAAGAAAGGGGGAAGUGUGGAGGGGUUUUGAUAGAUAAAGAUUUGUUGCUGAAUUAGUCAGGCUCAAAGGAAUCUCAAGGCCUCUUAGAGAAGCUGAGAACAGAAUCUGCUGUGAGAGAGAGGGGCGUUCCUCAAUCACCGGGGUCCUGGCGUGGCUUGAAUCGUCGGAUGUAUCAUCAGUGAGACUCCAGCGCAUGGACAGCCCACGAUACUCAUUUAGUGAAUCCAUGCUUGGAGCGUGGACGCGUGAUUAGAAUAUAGUUAAGUAUAUAAGGAGACUUGUUUCUGUAAUAAAUGGCUUUAGCGUGAUUCACA